AUGACCAAAGACCCGGUGCAUCAUGCAUUGUGUGAAGUCUAUUGGGAUCACCAGAUACCCCUUCCAAAGCUCGCUCCAGUCCGGGCCAAGGUCACUGUCGCCCUGGUGGCUCUCCUGUGCUUCAUCAACAGCUAUGAUGGGGAGUUUGUGUUUGAUGAUUCUGAAGCAAUUGUCAACAACAAGGACUUAAGACCAGCAACACCUCUGAACAACAUCUGGAGCAAUGACUUCUGGGGGAGCAACCUGAGUAGCAACUCUAGUCACAAAUCCUACCGACCUCUCACUGUCCUUACAUUUCGGCUGAACUACCUCUUGGCGGGAGGCUUGCACCCCGUUGGCUUCCAUGUGCUGAACAUCAUCCUCCAUGCUGUCAUAUCUGCCCUUAUGAUUGACUUGUUUGCUAUACUGAUUGGUGGACUGGCCUAUGAUGACAAGGGUAGCAUACUGAAUCACGCUCCAAAGACUUCUCUGCUUGCUGCUCUCUUCUUUGCCGCACAUCCUGUCCACACAGAAAGUGUGGCUGGUAUAGUGGGCCGAGCAGAUCUUUUGUGCGCUCUGUUCUUCCAGCUGUCGUUCCUCACCUACUGCAAGGCUUUCAACAGAGGGAGUGACAGAGAUGACAGGUUUUCUGUCCAGUGGGUUGUGGUCAGCCUCUUGCUGUGUGCUGCAGCGAUGCUCUGUAAAGAACAAGGCAUCACAGUCUUGGGUGUGAAUGCAGCCUUUGAUGUCCUUCUGAUCUGUAAUGUUAAUGUGUAUGAACUUAGCCAGAGGCUACUCCUUAGGAAGAAUCUACUCGAUGUAAGUGAGAUAUUUCGAACAGGAUUGCUUACACGAUUGGCUCUCAUGGGUCUUGGAGGACUCUCAAUGCUCUAUGCACGCUGGAGGAUCAUGGGAACAGGACCGCCGGCAUUCACUGAAGUAGACAACCCUGCCUCUUUUGCAGAAAAUAUAUUUCUUAGAAUAGUGAACUAUAAUUACUACUACUCUCUGAAUGCCUGGCUGCUGCUGUGUCCCUGGUGGCUGUGUUUUGAUUGGUCCAUGGGCUGUGUGCCUCUCAUUAAGUCAGCCACUGAUUGGAGGAUGGUGUGGCUGCUGCUGCUCUGGUGCGUCCUGAUAGGCUUGAUAAGCCAAGCCUUAUGCUCGCAGGACAGCCAGAGAAGGAGGACACUGACCUUGGGUCUGGUGCUGCUGGUGGUCCCCUUCCUGCCGGCCUGUAACAUUUUUUUCAGGGUGGGCUUCGUCAUUGCUGAGAGAGUGCUCUACCUGUCUUCAGCUGGCUACUGCCUACUGCUGGCCUACUCUGUGGGACACUGCUGCUGCCGCUGGUCCAAAUACAGGAAGCCGCUGUUUGUGUCGGUGCUCGCGCUGUUGUGUGUGUAUGUAGCUCGCUGUGCUCUGCGCAGUCACCAGUGGCGGUCAGAGCAAAGCCUCUUCACCAGUGCGCUGUCUGUCUGUCCGCUCAAUGCCAAGGUCCAUUAUAAUGUCGGAAAGAACCUGGCUGACAGAGGCAACUCUACUGCUGCUAUCGCGUAUUACAGAGAGGCAGUCAGGCUGCAUCCUACGUACGUCCACGCCAUGAACAACCUGGGGAAUAUCCUGAAGGAGAGGAACGAGCUAAUCGAGGCAGAGCAGCUGCUGUCUAAAGCCGUUUCUAUUCAGCCGGACUUUGCUGCAGCAUGGAUGAAUCUGGGUAUAGUUCAGAACAGUCUGCAGAAGUUUGAGGAAGCAGAGCAGAGCUACUGGAACGCCAUCCGCUUCCGGAAAAAAUACCCAGACUGCUACUAUAACCUGGGACGCUUGUAUGCCGACCUGAACAGACAUGUGGAUGCUCUGAACGCGUGGAGGAACGCAACUGUGCUAAAACCUGACCACAGUCUGGCUUGGAACAACAUGGUCAUACUGCUGGACAACACAGGUAACUUAGGUCAAGCAGAGCUGAUCGGCCGAGAGGCUCUGAGGCUCCUCCCCAACGACCACACGAUCAUGUUUUCAUUGGCUAAUGUCCUGGGGAAAUUACAGAAAUAUAAGGAGUCAGAGGGCUUCUUCCUUCAUGCUCUCCAGAUCAACCCAAAUGCUGCUAGUUGCCAUGGCAAUCUAGCUGUGCUGUAUCAUCGCUGGGGAAAGCUGGAGCUGGCAAAGAAACACUACGAGCUGUCUCUAAAGUUGGACCCCGAGGCUCCUGGGACCAGAGACAACUAUAACAUGCUGCGACGCAAACUGGACCAGCUUAAACGCCCCGCGCCCUGAGGGAGCCUCACUGGAACCCCUGCCUACCGUAAAACAAAUUUUUCCAUUGUUCCACUUUGUAUUAUUUUAUCUCACUAAUUCUGGCUUUGUACCAUUUGGAAAUAAAGACCAUGAUCUGUG